AAAAAACGAAUGAAAGCAAUAAUUGGAGGAUUCAUCGAUCGAUCCAUAAUCCUCUUGAGUAAGGUAAGGUUGGGAAGCAAUCACACUUUCACAGAAGAAGCGUAGACUCACACUAUACGGUGACAUCCUUCGCUUUUUUUCUCUCCUCUUCUCCCCCAAAUAAGUCUCUCUCUCUCUACUUCAUUCUAUCUUCCCCUUUUUCUCUCUCUUCCGUAGUUUCGCCGCCCUUUCUCUCUCCUCCUCCGGUAAACCCUUAAUUUCUUCAUCACUCUUCCAUUCUAUCUUCUUCGAUUUUCAGAUUUUGAUGAUUUUCUUCUAGGGUUUCUAUUUCCUCAAUUUCGAUUUCUAGGGUUUUUUUUUAUUAAACAGAAAUUUCGCACUUUUUGGUAUUGAUUUGAAUUCAUUGCUCGACGAACGACUUUUCAAGCUUCGGAGCUGACGAAUUUGCUGAUAAAGGUCCGCCUUUGCUAUUAAUUGCUCCUUUUUUCUUUUCUUUUUUUGUGAUUCUUUGUUUUCUUGUUGAGUUUCGAUUUAUUUUCUCAGAUCUGUGUGAGUGCAAGUUGGUGUAAUUUUUGAUUUCUAGGGUUUUUGUUUUAGGAAGUUCAAUUUGGUUAUGUUCAUCUAAAGCACAAAAAAUAAAAAAAAAUUGUUUCUUUGUGUGUUCGCCUUUGAAUUGCUGGUCGGCUGAAGGUAUAUAAUUAGGGUUAUUGUGGGUUAGGUUGUAAUUGAGAUUGUUUUCCGAGUAAAGGAUUUCUUUGCUUGAAUUUAUGGCUGCUGGAAGGAAUGGGGGGUACCACGAAACUGAAUUUAAGGAUCGCAGCUCGGAUUAUGAUACCGCGAGGCGAGAUAUAGCUUAUUCAAAAGGUGAAUAUGAUAAAAUUAGGAAUGGUAAUCAGGUUAGGGAUCGGGAGAUAAUUAGGGGUAGAGACAGUAGAGCUAGGGUUAGACAGAGAGAUAUUAGGGAAAGGGACUUUGCUAAUGGUGGUGAUUAUCGCUCGUCUUCAAGUAAAAGUGAUUCAGGGGGAAGUGGGGUUGGUGGUGGUGGAGGGGGAGGAGGGCCUAGGAGAUGUGGGAAUUCUGCUAGGAUUACGGAUCGUGAGCCUGGUGAAUUGUCUAGUGAGGAUGGGUCUGAGAGUGCUGUCGAUUCAGAAUCACGGUUUGGAAAGGAUAAUGAAGUGUCGAAGAUGGAUAAUGGGGCUCAGUCCUCUCCUCUGGCUACUAAGAAAAGAAAGUUUUCUCCUAUAGUAUGGGAUAGAGAUGACAAGGGUGCUACAGAUGCAUCAAGAAGUAGAUCUGUAUCCACUACUGCUUCCCUUCCUCCCCAACCUGUCCGUAAAUCAUACCAGCAGUCUCCUGCCACGGUGCCUAUCGAUAGUAAGGAGGUAUCUCCUGUUAAAAGUGAUGAGCCACAUGAAGCCAUUGAAGUUUCUCUUGUUGAUCCCUCUAUUGAACAGGAUCGUUUAUAUGAUAAUGUAUCCGAGUCUCCUGCAAAUCAUCGUUCCUCACCAUCUCAGGAGAGACAGUGGGGGAAUGGCGAAGGGGCUGAGCAGGUAGAAGAUGAGGACUACAUUCCCACCAGGCACAUAUCAGCCUCAAGGUGGGCAGGUAAUGCUAAUUCCCCUGCUGAUGAAGGUGAAAUUUCAGAUGACGAUAUAAUGCGAAAAAGAAGGAAGAAGAUGCCUUCCUCUGAUUUUCUAGAUACUAGGAGGAGCAGGAAGUCAUCUAGUCCAGAUGCUGGAGAUGGUGCAAGGGAGGUUUCUGACAUAGUUAAGGGAAGAUUAUCGGAUUCUGAUGGAAGCAUGCAAAGUAGACCUUCCACUGGAGAUCGUGAUCUUCAAAAUGAUAAAGAUAGGGCGGAUAAUAUGGAGGUAGAUGAUAGAUACAAUGACACUGACUCUAGCCUUAGCCCCAGAAGAGCCGACUCUGAAGAUGAAGAUUAUUCUCGUGAAACACCUGAACCCCCUGUUGCUCCUAAAAGAACAGUGAAUAUGCUUCAGGGUUGUAGGAGUGUGGAUGAGUUUGAAAGACUGAAUAAGAUAGACGAAGGAACUUAUGGUGUAGUUUACAGAGCUAGAGAUAAGAAGACUGGAGAAAUUGUAGCUUUAAAAAAGGUAAAGAUGGAGAAGGAAAGGGAAGGCUUUCCAUUGACUUCUCUGAGGGAAAUUAACAUUCUUUUGUCAUUGCACCACCCGUCAAUUGUUGAUGUCAAGGAAGUAGUAGUUGGAAGCAACCUUGAUAGUAUCUUUAUGGUUAUGGAAUACAUGGAGCAUGAUCUUAAAGCGCUUAUGGAGACUAUGAAACAGCCAUUUAGUCAGAGUGAAGUUAAAUGCCUCAUGCUUCAGUUAUUAGACGGUAUAAAGUAUCUUCAUGAUAAUUGGGUCCUUCAUCGUGAUUUAAAGACAUCAAAUUUGCUUAUGAACAACCAGGGUGAGUUGAAGAUAUGUGACUUUGGAUUGGCUCGUCAAUAUGGGAGUCCAUUGAAGCCAUAUACUCAUUUGGUUGUCACACUUUGGUACAGGUCACCGGAGCUUCUGUUGGGUGCAAAGGAGUAUUCAACAGCCAUUGAUAUGUGGUCACUCGGUUGCAUUAUGGCUGAGCUCUUGUCAAAGGAGCCUCUUUUUAAUGGCAAAUCGGAAUUCGAUCAACUUGACAAGAUAUUUAGGAUCCUUGGCACACCAAAUGAGACAAUCUGGCGCGGUUUUUCCAAGUUGCCUGGAGUGAAGGUCAAUUUUGUGAAGCACCAGUAUAACCAGUUGCGCAAGAAAUUUCCAGCCACGUCAUUUACCGGAUCUCCUGUCCUCUCUGAUGCUGGAUUUGACUUGUUGAACAGACUUUUAACUUAUGAUCCUGAAAAGCGUAUUACAGCGGAUGCUGCUUUAAACCACGAAUGGUUUCAUGAAGUUCCUCUUCCCAAGUCAAAGGAAUUUAUGCCUACGUUUCCUGCUCAACAUGCACAAGAUAGGCGAGUGCGCAGGGUUCUGAAGAGUCCUGAUCCCUUGGAAGAGCAGCGCAGGAAGGAGUUGCAGCAAGCAGAAUUGGGGACUGGCGGCUUGUUUGGGUAGUAACAUAGGCCCUACUGUAGACUUGAGAUUUUUAUGCGCCAUGAGUUUUGCCAAUGCCAACAAAUGGACAUGCAUGAGGUGAGGGAGAUGGAUUCAACACAACUUGCUAAAGAAAGGCUUGUGAGACUGUCAUUCAUGCUGUUUUUUAGCAGGCAUGUUUGAUGAAACGACUGGAGGGAUAUAUUUUUUGCCUUAUGCCACAAGAUCUGUAGCAGUCGUGAUAUUUUCCAGCUUUGGUGAUAGGAUGCAUCACAACAGUGCUUGCAUCACAAGGUGUGGCAUAAUGGCUUUACUUUUUAGAAAGAUGAGAUUCAGCUGAAUCAUGUGUAUGUAAAGUAUUAUGAAUUUUUGAUUUGGAACAUUGUAAACAUUUCUCUUAGAUUAUGUUUUUAAUGACCAAACUACUAUGGAUAUGUCUCAAAUUUCUUUUUCUGCAUGAUUUAAUAUUGGAAUUGUGUUUGCAUGAGGUGGUUGGUGUAAAGCGGAGGGGACGUUCUUUGCUUUUCAUUGACGAGCAUUUUACAAAUUAGAGAAAAGUACUAAAGCCAGCAGGUUGAUGAGGUAGAAAUUCCAAUUGUAAUUUGGUUCAUCACAAAAUGUAUAGCUCGAGACCAUUUAGAGGUUUAAGAGCCCGGGUUCAUUAGAUAUACUGUAAAAAUAAAAGAUGGAAGACAGGCAGGUGACGAUCGAGUAAUAUAAUGGCAAGGAUUUCAUUUUGCCAGAGUUACAGAUUAAGCCCUACAUCAGUGAAGUGAAGAACAAACUAUUCUGUUCUAUUUUUUUUCUUUUCUCCUUGCAUUAUUUAUCAUCAAUAUGUUGUAGUACGAAGAGCAUUAUUUUCUUGAGAUACCUCAGCAUUGAUUGCUUUUCACAGGGAGUGUAUUUUACAAUUGAGUCAAUUUCAUCAUUUGCAGA